AUGCCUCCCAAAGCUGCCCCUCGUCGAGGAGGAGCAGCCGCUCCUCGGCGGACAGACUCAACGCAGUCAGGCUCGUCAGCCUCUCCGAAUCCAAGUGAAUCACGUUCUACUCCCACACCGGGCCCCUCGGGAAGCCGCCCUCCUGUGCAGCGACUCCAAUCACUCAACAAACGCACUCCUACCGGCAGCAUCCCCGCAAAGCCUUCCCCUCUCGGUAACGGUGGAAAUGGGGAGCCAGCGAAGCCGACCCUCAAAUACAAACCCCGCGCGGUGGGCCGGCGAAGUAAAGAGGAGCGUGAGGCUAUUGAGAAGCUUGAGGCAGAGCGUCACCGGGAGCGAUUGAAGGAGGCAGCGGCUAUACAACGAGGCCGAGGUGGCGGUCCCGCUGGGAGAGGCGGAAGAGGACGUGGAGGUGGUCCUGGAGGUGCAAAUGGACCUUUUGGAGCUGGACGAAGAGGUCGUGGAGGACGGUUUGGAGAGGGAGACUCACGGGCAUCGUCCAUGUCGCGGCGCAGUCGGUCUGUCAUCGAUAUGGGCAGUGGGGCUGCGCCUCAGGAUUACUCGUCGGAUGAAAGUGAUUCUGGAAUCCGAGUUAGCAUCGACUACAUUAACCUCGAAAGCGAUGACGAAGAAUUCGAUGAUAUGGUUGACAAGAAGAAGGGAAAGAUCCCAGCCCGUAAUGUACGACGGGAGAAAGGUCUGCGACCAAUUCGAGUGGAAAGAGUGCCACAUGAGGAGCGGGCUGUCAGUGUCAAUAUGGAGUCUAGCUCGAGCAAGUCAGCAGAUAUUCGACAAGAAGCUCAAGACAAGGCUCAAGAAAAGGCCGACGAUGACGCUCUAUUUGUGCAGCAAGAUGAUGAUAGCAAGACGACCGAGCCGGAGCCACGCGUCAAGGAAGAACCCACGGAUGAUGGAGACCAGGUCAUGACAGAUGCGAUCCCUCACGCCGAUGAAGCCGCCGCCACAGACGAUGAACUCCUCCCGGCGCAAAAGGUCAAGGUCCGUCGCAACCUGAGCCCCAGACAACAAGAGCGAGAGCAGAGGGAACAGGAGGAACGGGAACAGGCGCAGGCGCAGGCUCCGGUGGCUGCCAAGGACCCGCGCAGCCUGCUCCGCACGCGGGAGGAAAUUGAAGAAUUUGAGCGGCACGAACAAGACCUCGAGGCGAUCAAGAAACUGUUGAUUGUGGAGCAAAAGGAGGAAGAGAAGCCUGCCGAGCCCAAAAAAACGCCGCCCGAUGCCCCAGAGACUACCACCGAAGACCAGCAAGAUAAACCUGACGAGAAGGUCGAGAAGAAGGAAGAAGGGGCGGAAGAAGAAGAGAAAGAAGAAACAGCUGAAGAUAAACUUGCUGGCCAACUAUUUUUGGUGCAAUUCCCACCCAUGACACCUAAUUUGAUCGUACCUGGAACUGGCGUUGCCGAAGACGAAGAGACCACACAGAAUGCAGGUGAACCAGGUGCCUCGGGAGAAGAAACUGCCGUCAAGCAUGAAGAUGGCGAUGUGGAAGUUCUGGAUGGUGGAGUGGAAACCACGCCGAAAGCACGCAAGGUGGUGACUGCCUCGGACUGGCAGCUCAGCGCAGGACGAGCCGGCAAAUUGAAUGUCCACGCCUCGGGACGAUUGACGAUGGACUGGGGUGGAAUCAGCUUCGAACUGGACCGAGCAGCGACAGUGAACUUUUUGCAGGAGGCAUUGGUCAUGUCUACUCCCAACGCUUCGCCAGAGGAGUAUGAAGAGAACCGCGUGUGGGCGAUGGGACAGCUGAGUGGGAAGUUUACAGUGACGCCUGACUGGGCGAAGAUGCUGUAG